CAGGGGCCUGAGCGAGAUUCAUUCGUAAAUAUUUUUCUUCAUGGCGGUCAAGCAGUCUGGGGAUAUUCGAAUGAGUGUGUGUAUGUUGUAUACGUCGGGAGAACCCAGAAAAAGAGCACGGAGGAAGCUGCGAGUAGCUGCUCAGUCCUCACUUCUCAGCGUCAGAAUGCGCUUCCCUUCCAUGUUCCAUGCUGAAGAAAAGUAAAAUCGCCGAGAUUGGAUCCAACCCACUGGAAGUCCGUCCACCCAGUGGGUGGGUGAAGAGGAUAGGGUAGCUUUCGUUUCUUCGAAUGAGGCCUGAGGUUCGUCGAGAGCUAGACUUCACAAACACCGAGGGGACAGCGAUGGGGUAAUGUGUCUCAAAUUAGGAUCGCGUGAGGAAGGUAAAGAAAAAGAAGAAGAAGAAGAAGAAAAACCCACAUCGCGAUUUAGAGGUGAUGUCAGAGACAUAUCAAAUUAUUUCGACGGAUGACUGCAUUGCUGAGCGUCAUGGGAAAUGACCCGAUUACAGCAGGACUUCAACUAGUAAUUUGUGGGCAAGAAGGAAACGGAAUGCAAGGCUAGCAACCAAAGCCAAAGUCAACCACCAGAAUCAAUCACCAGAGACCGACUCAAUGACGGUGUUCUAUCCCCUGGAGACAAGCGACGAUGAGGAAGCCAAGGACAAUCUGAUCAUGGUGGAGUCGGCUACCCUACACCUCCGAUUACGCCUGAAAUCACCCAUGAAGCUUCAGGCAGGUCAACGGGACGAGGCCAAAGUGUCCGUCAGACAAAUAUUGGACGCCGACGAUGAGCGCAGUGGGAUCGUGAUCCACAGCGAGCGAUUCAACGCGAAGAAUGCAUUUGCCAAGAACACUCGCGGCUCCCUCCGGAAUACGAUCGACCUCAGCUUGGACGUGUCUCACGCUGUGCAACAAUGGAUCCUCCGUCCCAACGAGAACUACGGCCUGCACAUCGAGUGCCCGAGUUGCUCAGCCUUGGGACUUGAACUCGUUCAACCCAAGACGAAGACACCCUCCCUAGUGGUUGACACGAAGCAGAAGACCAUGUCCUUCCGAGAGCGACAAAAGCGAUCCUAUCUGGAUAUGGACUCUGUAAUCCUGCGCAAAUCCCGUCGUCGACGAGUGGAUUGUCGUUCCCCAGCAACCAAUCCCCUCGUCAAGUCCAAUAAACGCCCAAAGCGACAAAGAUGUUGCCGACAAACCAUGAAGAUCGACUUCAGCAAGUUGGAGGGCUUCCAACACAUCCUCCAGCCGGCCGCUUUCGAUGCCCAUGUGUGCCAGGGCCGGUGUCCCAGUCGGUUCAAUCCGGCCAAUGAUCACGCCUUGCUCCAAAGCCUUAUGCACAUGGAGACGCGACACCUGGGGAAGCGCGAGCAGGGCAAGGUCCCGCGGCCUUGUUGCGCUCCGGCCAAAAUGCUGCCACUCCCCAUUCUGCACCUGUCCGAGAACAGCCAGCAAAAGCUGGACGUGUCCCAUUGGAAGAACGUGAUUGUUGGUGAAUGCCGAUGCUCCUAGAUUGUGUUGAACCACAAAUAGGCCAGCACAUCUAGGUAGUCCUCUUGUUGCAUCCAAUUCAUCCGUUUCAAGAACCAUAUCAGUAUUCCAUGCCCAGUCACCCAGGCCGUCAUAACAACUCGUUUUCCUCGAGUCCCCCGAGCUCGAUUCCGGCUGUGAUUUGUCUCAGAGCACAAACCUCCUUGACACCCUCUUGGCAUGCCCCGCACCCUGACCCCUUUCACUCCGCAUGUCAGCACUUUGGUGUCCUAAGAGUCCCAGGUCAACCCCCUGAAAGUACGCCAGCCUCCAUGAAGCAAACCUCAACGCCUACUUCCAAAGUGGGUACAAUCAAAACAAGGCCGUUGACUUCCACCUGGGUUGUGAGUGGGCUGCAGGUUGGCCUCGACCAAGUCGACCUCAAUCAGAAGUUUCGCAUCAGAUUUUGUCCAACGCGCAUCGGUUGAGGCGCGAUUGACGUGGGUCUAAGACCCCAAGGCAAUCAAUCAUACACAACAAUAUCUCCACCACCUCCACCACUACCACUAAGACUCUGGCCCCGGCUAACGACUGUUGGCACCUCCAUUGUGGUCUCCCCUCAAUUUCCCUCCCUGUAUUCUCCCUCCAAGCUGUGAUAAUAAUUUUGAAUUGUAGGUGUGCUAUCUAUUAUAAUGCAUCCAAGGACAAACCUAAUAGAAAUCCUUCGAUUCCCUACCUACUCCCGCUCUCUAACUAGAACAAACGUGACCUCACUCACGCAAAUGAAGCAAGACGCCACGACCACGCCCAUUCCUCCUCCCACUCUUCCAACCUGGAUAUUUUAACUAUCUCACAAUGGGUUCCCUAUAUACACCCACACAUAUCCCUCUGCUCGCAUGUUAACCAAACGACAAGUCUCCAGCCUGCUUGUUCAUUUCUUCUGAUUGCAAGAUCAAUGAUGCGUUUGUGGUAGUAUUAUCUUAAUUAUAAUCAUUAUAUAGUCAUUAAUACAGUAAAUAAAACAAAUUCAAACCUCUAAAUCGAUAACAUUUCUGA